CUUCUUCUAGAAAUGACUGCUGUUACUGCAGGCAACGUUAACUUCAAAUGGGACCCCAAAAGCUUGGAGAUAAGAACACUGGCAGUUGAAAGACUACUGGAGCCUCUUGUUACACAGGUAACAACACUGGUUAACACUAGCAACAAAGGCCCCUCAAAUAAAAAGCGAGGGCGUUCUAAAAAGGCCCAUGUUUUGGCUGCUUCAGUUGAACAAGCAACGGAGAAUUUCCUGGAGAAAGGAGACAAAAUUGCGAAAGAGAGCCAGUUCCUUAAAGAAGAGCUGGUAGCAGCUGUGGAAGAUGUUCGUAAGCAAGGUGACUUGAUGAAGAGCGCUUCAGGGGAGUUUGCAGAUGACCCCUGCUCCUCUGUGAAACGAGGAAACAUGGUCCGAGCAGCACGUGCCCUCCUCUCUGCUGUUACUCGACUGCUGAUUUUGGCUGACAUGGCAGAUGUCUACAAGCUGCUUGUUCAACUUAAAGUAGUGGAAGAAGGUAUCUUGAAAUUAAGAAAUGCUGGCACAGAGCAAGACUUGGGUAUCCAGUACAAAGCCCUCAAACCAGAAGUGGACAAACUUAACAUAAUGGCAGCCAAAAGACAACAGGAAUUGAAAGAUGUGGGUCACCGUGAUCAAAUGGCAGCAGCCAGAGGAAUUCUGCAGAAGAACAUUCCCAUUCUUUAUACGGCAUCCCAGGCUUGUCUGCAGCACCCUGAUGUAGCUGCUUACAAAGCUAACAGGGACUUGAUCUACAAACAGCUUCAGCAGGCAGUCACGGGCAUCUCAAACGCAGCUCAAGCAACUGCCUCAGAUGAUGCUGCCCAGCAGCAGGGUGGAGGUGGAGAGCUGGCUUAUGCUCUGAACAACUUUGAUAAACAAAUUAUUGUGGAUCCAUCGACCUUCAGUGAAGAACGUUUUAGGCCUUCCCUGGAAGAGCGCCUGGAGAGCAUCAUUAGCGGAGCAGCCCUGAUGGCUGAUUCAUCCUGCACACGUGAUGACCGACGGGAACGUAUAGUUGCUGAGUGUAAUGCAGUGCGACAGGCCUUGCAGGAUCUACUUUCAGAAUACAUGGGGAAU